AUGGAUAAAGGAAAAACAACCAGCAAGAAAAGAAAAGAGUCUGAUUCUCCGACACAGUCUCCAAAGUCUAAAAGAAAACUGCCUACAAGAUCGCUUGCAUGGAAUGUUUUUACUAGGCUUGAAGAUGAUGAUUCGAGGUGUUCCUGCAACUACUGUGGUAAAACAUAUUCAUGCAAUCCUGCUACAGGUGGAACUACUAACUUGAAUGCACAUAUGAAAAAGUGCAAGGCUUAUUUGAAUCAUUUUGAAUCUUGUUCUCAGAAUGUCAUCCUUACUGUUGGAGGUACUAGUGAUAAUAGUGGUAAAGUUGUUGGAAUGACAAAGCCUUUUGAUCAAGUCGCAUGUAAGAAAGCAACGGUGAAAAUGAUUGUCAUGGAUGAGUUGCCAUUUUCUUUUGUAGAGAAUGAUGGGUUUAGAAAGUUUUGUGAGGUAGCUUUGCCUUGGUUUAAUAUACCAUCACGGAGAACAAUUACAAGGGACACGGUUACACUGUAUAAGGCUGAGAAAACAGCACUGGAGACUAUCUUAUGUCAAAAUAGGCAAGCACUCUCUUUUACCACUGACAUAUGGACUGCUAUUACGACUUUGAGUUAUAUGGUCAUCACUGCACACUUUAUUGAUAUGAAUUGGCGUUUACAUAGAAGGAUUAUUAGUUUUAGUCCUAUUCCAGAUCAUAAAGGAGAGACCAUUGCUAAUCAGUUUUUGAGAUCUUUGGAUGAUUGGGGUAUUGAGAAAGUUUUUUCUGUCACUUUGGAUAACGCCAGCAGCAAUGACAAAGCUAUCACUGUUUUAAAAAAUCGGUUGAGUAACAGGAACAAUGAUUCUUUGCUAAUGAAUGGUGAGUUUAUGCACAUACGUUGCUGUGCACACAUACUUAACUUGAUUGCUAAUGAAGGUCUGGAUGAUAUAAGCAAGAGCAUAAUAAGUGUUCGUAAUGCUGUGAAAUAUGUGCGGUCUUCCAAUACGAGACUAGAAUCAUUUAAGCGUUGGGUGGAAGUUGAGAAGAUAACAAGAGGAAGUGUGGUGCUGGAUUGUGUUACUAGGUGGAAUUCUACCUAUUUGAUGCUGAAAAGUGCACUUGAAUAUCAAGUUGCGUUUGAUAAGAUGGCUGAGAUGGAUAAACCGUAUGAUGCAUGGUUCAAAGAACUUGAUUCUCAUGGAAAGGAGAGGAAAGGACCUCCUAUGGCAAUUGACUGGGACAAAGCUCGUCAUAUGGUGAAGUUUCUGAAGUCCUUUUAUGAUUCGACUUUAGCAUUCUCAUCUUCUAUAAAGGUAACAUCAAAUGGUUGUUACAAUGAGAUAUGCAAAAUUCAAUCAAGUGUGAACACAAUGUCUUUCAGCCAAGAUUAUGAUCUGAGAGAAAUGGCUUCUGCAAUGGCUGCUAAGUUUGAUAAAUACUGGGAAGGCAUGGAAAAGAUCAAUAAGAUUUUGAUAGUGGCUGGUGUACUUGAUCCACGUCGCAAAAUGGUCUUUACAAAGUAUAGCUUUGAACUUAUAUAUGGAAAUGGUAAUCCAAAGUGCACACAAAUGUCUGAUAUGGUGAUGGAUAUUCUGCGGAGACUAUUUAGAGUAUAUCAGGAUCGGUACACCAACUUGAAUCUACAAUCUUCUUCUGUUGGUGGAGAUGAGAAUGUAAUCCCAGCGACUCAAAACUCUCAGGAUAUGGAUGUUGACAGUAUUGAUAAUCCUUUCCUCAGAUUUAUGGUUGCUAAAAAGACUACUUCAGAAGUUUUGAAAGAGUUGGAUAGAUAUCUAAAGGAAGAAUUGUUUGUGGCUACUGCAAAUGAGCUGGGACUUCCUUUUGAUAUUCUAAGCUGGUGGAAGACAAAUAGUUCAAAAUAUCCAGUUAUGUCUUUAAUGGCAAGAGAAGUUCUUGCGGUACCCGUAUCAUCUGUGGCAUCUGAGCGGCUUUUAGCACUGGAAGUCGUGUUCUAG